CCAGCAGAGGAACCGACUGAGUCCCGAAAAAGAUGUUGAGUAGACGAUUUUGUCGCUUUUAUCCGAGUCUCAGUCGCUGUUACAAAGGACAGAGAGAUUACCACAAUGACACGGCGAACAUCGUUGGUUCGGAACCAGACAGGUCGUCGCCGGAAUUUAAGGAAAAUGAGACCCGGAUGACAGCUCUGGUGGAUGAACUCCGAGGACGUAUCCACCAUAUUUCACUUGGUGGUGGGGAAAAGGCCAUCCAGAGGCACAAGAGCAAAGGGAAGCUCUUGGUGCGAGAGAGGAUCGGCAACUUGAUUGACCCUGGGACCCCAUUUCUGGAGCUGUCACAGUUGGCGGGAUAUCAGUUGUAUGGCAAGGAGGAGGUACCGGCUGGAGGCAUCAUCACUGGCAUCGGCAAAGUAUCAGGGGUUGAGUGCAUGAUUGUGGGCAAUGAUGCCACAGUGAAGGGAGGGAGCUACUAUCCCAUCACAGUCAAGAAGCAUCUACGAGCCCAGGAGGUCGCACAGGAGAACAACUUGCCAUGUGUCUACCUGGUGGACUCUGGCGGUGCAAACCUCCCUCGCCAAGCAGAUGUCUUCCCUGACCGCGACCACUUUGGUAAAAUCUUCUUCAACCAGGCCAACAUGUCUUCCAAAGGGAUUGCACAGAUUGCUGUUGUUCUUGGGUCUUGCACAGCAGGAGGAGCCUAUGUGCCUGCAAUGGCUGAUGAGUCGAUCAUCGUGCGUCGGCAGGGAACCAUUUUCCUAGGGGGCCCUCCUCUUGUCAAGGCAGCCACAGGAGAGGAGAUUUCGGCUGAGGACCUUGGAGGAGCGGAUCUCCAUUGUGGGAAAUCAGGGGUGACAGACCACUAUGCCUUAGACGACACACACGCCCUGCAUUUGGCUCGGCGGGUAGUGAGGACCCUUAACCGCACCAAAGUUCCUCAGGUAUCUCUGCGUGACGUGAAGGAGCCCAUCUUUGACCCCCAUGACCUCUAUGGCAUUGUGGGCGACAACCUCAAGAAGACUUAUGAUGUCCGGGAGGUCAUUGCACGUGUGGUGGAUGGAUCAGAGUUCGACGAGUUCAAGGCUCGCUAUGGUGACACACUAAUCUGUGGUUUUGCUCGCCUGUAUGGGUAUCCUGUGGGCAUCAUCGGCAAUAAUGGUGUCCUGUUCUCCGAGUCUGCAGUGAAGGGCACUCACUUCAUUGAGCUUUGCUGCCAGAGAAAAAUACCCCUGAUCUUCUUGCAAAACAUUACUGGCUUCAUGGUUGGCCGAGAUGCGGAGGCUGGAGGCAUCGCUAAAAAUGGAGCCAAGAUGGUCACAGCUGUGGCCUGUGCAAAGGUCCCCAAAUUCACUGUUGUUGUUGGAGGUUCCUAUGGGGCUGGUAACUAUGGCAUGUGCGGCAGAGCCUAUGGGCCACGCUUCAUGUACAUGUGGCCCAACAGCCGCAUCAGUGUGAUGGGGGGAGAGCAGGCAGCGGGCGUCUUGGCACAGAUCACGAGGGAACAGAGACGUCGGGAGGGCAAGGAGUGGACUGAGCAAGAGGAGCAGGCACUCAAGGCUCCUAUUAUCAAACGUUUCGAGGCUGAGGGAUCUCCAUACUUCUCCAGUGCUCGUCUCUGGGAUGAUGGAGUGAUCGAUCCUGUGGAAACAAGACACGUUCUAGGCCUGUCCUUGUCUGCCUCCUUGAAUGCUCCCAUCCCCAAAACGGACUUUGGUGUAUUCAGAAUGUAAAGAGUCCUAAACUUAUAGCAACAAUGUUUUGAGAAUAGAAAUUCGUGACAUUUUGUGCUGUUCAUUAUUCUGAAUUAGGAUCAAAUUGACCUCUCGGGCAUUUUCAUAAAAUGUUUAAUUAAUCUUGUAAUGUAUCGUAUCUGGCUAAAUUUAAUGUACUUACUGUAUUUUUAAAAAAGGAUAAAUACAUUAUAGCAAAUGGUAACCAUAUCUAAAUGUAAGAAAAUAAGUUUGUCUGUUUUUGGCAUUAUCUUAAAAUGUCAUAAUUUGAACAAUGACAUUUUCUGAACCUAAUGAAAAUGUGAACAUGAGUGUGAAAUGUACAGUAAAAUAUGUUUAUGGUUUGGUAUGAUUAGCACCUAAAUUCAUGUUGUCUUUAAGAAUGACAUAGUUUUGUUUGUAAGUUAUGAGGGUAGAAUAUAUUAUUUUUGUGUAGCUGUGAUUUUUUUUUUCUAGUUCUAUAUUUUUUGUAUGGAAACAGAGAAAGCAUAUUUCAUAUGAAGAAUUUAUUAGUUACUAUAAAUAAGCUACAGAUUCAAAUUUAAAGUAGUGGUCCAAAAGCAUUAUGUACAAAAGAGUUUUCCCUUUCUCCCAACAACAGAUAAAAUACUUCUGUAAUGUUUAGGUGUUUCAUAUGUUUUGGUAACAAAUUGAUGGGACACACUAGAAAUACAAAAUAUAUGCAUUUCUGAUAUUUUUAGCACAAUGAUGUUCACUGCCAGUCAAAAUAACAACCACAUGUUUUAAAAUUGGUCCUGUUUUUCCACAUUUUUUCCAUAGUUCUUUAGUUUUGUAAAUGAGUGUCAAAAAAGUUCAGCUAAGCAAGGUCUUAUUUUAUCCCUAAAAAAAUAAGAAUCUAUGGUACAAAUAUUUAGAGAGUGAAUUUGAAAGCAGGUUUGCAAAAUUUAAAAAAGCCUUAGUGAUGAGAUAUAUGAAAUCAACAGAGCAACUGAUCUAGUCACACAAAUCAAUAUUGGGAGAAAUUUAUACUCAAGUUUAAUAAGAGCAGCUUAAAAUGCCUGGAUUUUGGAUUUGCAAGUUCUUCUGCAGCUCAAAGAAAGUGCUUUCAUAUAUCCUGUUUCGUAAUUCAUUAGGGGAAUGUAUAGUAUUUUUGUAGAUAACAUAGGGUAUUGUGUAAAUAAAUUUUUUUUUGUAAAGUA